AUGGAGAGGAAGAAGAAAAAAAAAGGCGACGUCAAAAAGAAAAGAACGAAGACGGCGGCGAGAGACGCUGGAACCGACGACGAGGAAGACGACGACGGCAACGACGGCGACGACGACGAAGACGAAGACGACGAGGAAGACAAACACGAAUUGAUGCCUGCGAAGACGGACUCGGCGAUGAAGACGGCGGAGGAGGGACCCAAGUCGUGGCUCCCUGCGAUCCCCAAGCCUGUCAAACGUCUCUUCGACCAGUUCCCGCUGGUGACUUAUCCCCCCAACACCGCGCCGGCGAGCAGCUCCAGCACCGCCGGUCCUGCCUCCAGCACAGGCACCGACACCAAUGUGGGCGCUAACGAGCGGCCAGGCGAGCACCGGCUGUAUAUCUUCACCAGCGCGGACGCUGCUAGGAAUGGACGGCCAUCGGUGAACCCGCAGUGUCUCAUGUGGCAGGUCAGCAAUCCGUCUUCUUCUGGCGCCCGCAGUCUGCUGUCUGUUGCGUUUGAUAGGCUGCCGGACUUGCAUUUUGCUGACAAGGUAGAACAGGCAUAUCUCAGGUUCCGCGGGAUAGAAUUCCGUACGGUUCCUUCCAAUAAUCAUGCUUCCCCCGACGGGGCCCUGCCUUUCCUUCUCCCCGCUGGGCCAGGAGGCGACUCGGAACCGAGCUGUGUCGCCCCCAGCAAGUUACAGAAUUGGGCAGACACAAAUGCAAAGCAUCAGUAUACAGAAGCGAAGAUCAGUGGGGUUUUAAGGACCUACAAGUCACUGCUAGAACGCAAUAUACGCGAUGCCUGGCUCUAUACCGUCUACUUGGAUAGUUCCAAUUUUGAGUCUAUCGCAAAAAAGGCAUACGUGAACCCCUCCACAACGAAUCCGCUGGUGCGCGCGACUCUCGCAUAUCAGCUUAAGGAGGCGGCAAAGGACCAGCUGCAGCGGAAAGAAACUUACAUUGACCCAGACGAUAUACUCGCCGAAGCAAAGCAGGCCUUCAAGUCGCUCUCUUCCCUACUCGGAGACAACGACUAUUUCACGUACGACUCCACACCAUGUUGGUUUGACGCUGCUGUUUUUUCGUAUACCCACCUAAUACUCGACAAGACGCUCGGCUGGAAAUUCAACCCGCUGGCAUCAUACCUCGAAGAACACCCCAACCUUGUACAACACCGCCAACGACUCUUAGACAAAUACUUCUAG